CUGCAGUCAUGCCCCCCCCAGGAGUGUGUCUGAACAUUGUAGAGGCCCGUCACAAACAGGAUGGUCAGGGGAGCAUCUCAAACCCCAGCUUCCUCUUCGGCCAAGACUACCAGCAGUGGAAGGAGUUCUGUAUCACCAAAAGAGUCAAAUUUAUUGACAACAUGUUCCCUCCUGACAUGAGGUCCAUCGGCCAGGGUCUCCUGAGCCCCUCUCAUCUGGCCCAUGUGGUUUGGCUCAGGCCUGCGAAAAUAGUACAGAAUCCAUCCUUCGUGGUUCGUGAGUUUUCAAGGUUUGACUUUUGUCAAGGAAUACUUGGAAACUGCUGGUUUCUAGCUUCUAUCGGUGCGCUGACCUUUCAUGAUAAAAUCCUCAUGCAAGUUGUUCCUGUUGAACAAGGGUUUGAGGAAAACUACUGUGGCCUGUUUCACUUCAGG